AUGGCACACACCUGUCACGCGUGUGCGCGCGAGAUCGUUCAACUUCAUGAGUUGAUCGAAUGCGGUGGCUUCUGUAGCGCCGUGUUUCACAAAACCUGCGUCGGUGCACCACCUAAAUUGCUUGAUGAGAUCGCCAAGCACAAACAGCUGUUUUGGGCCUGCACGGCUUGCUCCACCCUCAUGAGAAGACCGAUUGCCAAGUGGCUGCGUACAGAGGCAUUCAAUGCUGGUCAGCGGUCGGCGCUUGACCUUGCUGCUGCGGAUUUGAAGGAGAGCAUCGUGUCUGAACUGAAGUCGAAGCUGAUGAGUAUGUUCGGUGCCAACAACAUUCCUCUGUCGGUGCAUCGCGGCCUAGUCGGCGACACCAAUAAUGUGGUUUCUGGCAACUCGCGACCGUCGUUUGCAGUAGUAGCCUCCCGCCCGCCCACCACCAACUCUACCGAUCCAUCAGGACUUGACGCGUUUCUAAAAACGCAGCCACUUAUCUGCGGCACUGCUGAGCCAACCACCAAUUCCAUCAAAUUAGUGCCGGUCCGCAGCCGUAGGAACUGGUUGUUCAACGAAGUGGGAUUGUUGUGGAAACGCGACAAUCAACGGUUUCCCGAAACAAUGCUUCAUGCCAUAAAACGGCUAACGCACCUAGAAAACAAACUAAAAGCGGACCCGGCAUUGAAGAAAUGGGCAAUGGAAACCUUCCAGGCGUACGUAACGCACGGAAACUGGAACCAGUGGAGAUGA